CUGCCUCCUCGAUCAGUCGACCCCGUGCAACGCGGCAUGCCGGCUGCCGCGUGAUACUGUUUCCACAUACGUACGUGGUGCGCUCUUUGUGAAAGCCCGCCGGAAUCGUAAAGUCGAAAUUGUAAUUUCCAGCGGGAAAGCAUCAUCAUCGCGAAGCAAAGAAAGGAUAGGAGAACGCGAGGAGUAACUCCAAGUCGCUUCUGGAAACGAUAUACUUUAGGGGGAGGGGGGUGAAAAGAGGGGCGAGUAAGCGGAAGCGAUUUUGAGAGGUGAAGCUCUAUAUCCUGCGCGCGUGCGUGUAUAUUGUGCACGGGAGUGUGUAUGGGAGGGAAAGUAGGACGGUGACGACGAAGACGAAGACGAAGACGAGAGACAAUUCGUUCGAAGCAUCACUCUCUCUCUCUCUCUCUCUCUCUCGCUUUCGCGUAUACGAGUACCGAUGGACAAAUAGUCGAACAACGCGUACUUAUUUUUAUUGUUCUAAAGACACCGAGGGCCUUCCAAGACAUUCCAAGACUUGGCCGAUUAGCGACAUUUUGAGCGAAACUUGGUUAUCGAGCGCGGCUAAAAUCCGGUUUGAUCAUGAGCUCUUGGAUGAACUGUCCGUCCUCGUUGCUGCUGUUGCUGCUAGGCUUGAGCCUGCACAGCGCGUGCAUCACGCGAGCGAACGUAGCUGGUCAACACGGUGGUGGACGGUUGGACGGCCAGGACGGUGGUCACGACGGUGGUCACGACGGUGGUCACAACGGCGGUCACGACGGCGGUCACGACGGCGGUAGUCACGAUUCCUUAGUGGUGGAGACUACCAGCGGGCUGAUGCGCGGUUUCUCCCGCACGGUGCUCGAUCGCGAGGUUCACGUGUUCUACGGAGUGCCGUUCGCGAAACCUCCGGUCGGGCCUCUGCGAUUUCGCAAGCCGCUGCCGAUCGAGCCUUGGCACGGGAUCCUCAACGCUACCACCUUGCCCAAUAGCUGCUAUCAGGAGCGCUACGAGUACUUUCCCGGCUUCGAGGGUGAGGAGAUGUGGAACCCAAACACCAACAUCUCCGAGGACUGUCUCUAUCUCAACAUUUGGGUGCCACAAAAGCUGCGUCUACGUCACAAGGAGUCGCCGGACAACUUGGGGAGCGACGGCAUGGCGAUAUUGGUGUGGGUCUACGGCGGCGGUUUCAUGAGCGGUACCGCCACUCUGGACGUCUACGACGCGGACAUUAUGGCGGCGGCCGGUAACGCGAUCAUCGCUUCGAUACAGUACCGAGUCGGAGCCUUCGGCUUUCUGUACCUCAAUCAGCACUUUAUCAAUAGCGAGGAGGCGCCUGGUAACAUGGGCCUUUGGGAUCAGGCCAUGGCGCUUAAGUGGCUCCGUGACAACGCGCGCGUCUUUGGCGGCAAUCCCGACUUGAUCACCAUCUUUGGCGAGUCCGCGGGUGGUAGCUCGGUAUCCCUACAUCUCAUCUCGCCGGUCACGCAAGGUCUGGUGCGCCGGGGUAUCCUCCAGAGUGGCACCCUCAACGCCCCGUGGAGUUACAUGACCGGCGAGAAGGCCAAUGAGGUAGCUCGAGUGCUGGUGGACGAUUGUGGAUGCAAUUCGACGAUGCUGCAAGAGAACCCGGCGCGAGUUAUGGCCUGCAUGAGGUCGGUCGACGCCAAAACUCUCUCCGUGCAGCAAUGGAACAGUUACUGGGGUAUCCUCGGCUUCCCGUCGGCGCCCACCAUCGACGGGGUCUUCCUGCCUAAGGAUCCAUUGGACUUGGUCAGGGAGGCGGAAUUCAAAGACACCGAGAUCCUCAUUGGAAAUAACGAGAAUGAAGGAACAUAUUUUAUUCUAUACGACUUCAUUGACUUCUUCGAAAAAGAUCAAGCCAGUUUUCUGGAGCGAGAUAAGUUUCUCAGCAUCAUCAAUAGUAUCUUCAAGAAUAUGUCGCAAAUCGAGCGUGAAGCUAUCGUUUUUCAAUAUACCGAUUGGGAUCGGGUAAACGAUGGCUAUCAGAAUCAAAGAGCGAUAGCGGACAUCGUCGGCGAUUAUUUCUUCAUCUGCCCGUCCACACAUUUCGCGCAAUUAUUCGCAGAUCGCGGCAUGAAGGUCUACUACUACUUUUUCACACAGAGGACAAGUACGAAUGUAUGGGGCGAAUGGAUGGGUGUGAUGCAUGGUGACGAAGUAGAAUACGUCUUUGGGCAUCCCUUGAAUAAGUCUCGGGAAUAUACGGACAAAGAACGAGAGCUAUCUUUGAGAAUGAUUCGCUACUUCGCACGAUUUGCAUAUACAGGGAUACCAACAAUGAGCGAAUCCGAGUGGCCACCUUAUACCAGCGAUCAUCCAAAGUAUUUUAUUUGGAACGCAGAGAAGAGUGAGUUCGGCAGAGGUCCUCGCACAACAGCCUGUGCAUUUUGGAAUGAGUUCCUGCCGCGCCUAAAGGGGAUUCCCGAUCCCACACCCGAGGCAUGCAAAAGCGCAAUGGCGUCAAGCGUUUCCGCAGGUGUCGGCGAAUUGCGCAGUUCACCAAUGGUCGCGUUCAUCCUCUUACUUCCGGUGCUGGUAGUAUAUAGAUUCAUAUAAGCGGUUAUUCAUCCAUGUCGACAAACCCUUUUCAUGGCUGGCAGGUACCUGACUGGGCAGAAAAGUUCCAUCGCGGCGUUACCGUCCGAGCAAGCAGGUCCUAUAAUGAGCAUUGUUUACGCUUCAAGGUCGCAUUAGCGGUCGUCAACCAUUCGUAGAUCGAUAGGUCGCCGCCGUAGGACGUAUAUGCUAUCGUCGUAUAGCAGUAGGUCCGUCUCCACUGUGUCGUUAUGUCACACCGGCACUGCUAGCAGAGAGCGACGUUUGCGAAAGAUAAUCAGAUGUUCCACGGCGCGGUGCAUUCGCCGUUUCGAGUUAGCCGUAGACUUAUAAUCCGCGAUCCGCGCGAUCGCAGAUAAGAGAUACUCGACAAGAGAGGCAGGGAUUUCGACCAUUCGCACUUUCCAUUAGGCUCUAGUUCUUUUUUCGUCAUCUCUUAGAAUUCGCUCUCGUCGAUUCAAACCAUCUUAUUUCUAUACCCGAUAGUCUAACAAUGAGAUAUAUUUGUCUCGCGAGAUACAGCGACUAGGAAAGCCCGCGUAAAAUACAUUUUGCCAUCUCGUUAUAGAUGCUUUCGAAAUAAUCGUUGCUUUACUUUAGAGCAGUCUAAAUUAUUGGAGGCGAUCGACCUACAAGUCGUUGUCUGAUUGCUCAGCAAGCAAUGCAACUGCAAUUGCAAGGGUGUUGUGUACAAAGUGUGUAAAUAGGUGAAGGAAUGAGAAAGGCAAAUGGCGACCUAUCUCGAUCUCGCGGCAAAUACGCAACAUUUGAUCAAUUACAAUAAACAUAUAAUUGACGAUCGAGCGUGGUAUAAUAUCGAGAUUUGUCAAAUCCUCAUGGAUCCAAUUAAACGGCAAGAUCGAAUUUCGAUGCGCCCGGCAAUAAGCUCGAUGAUAUAUUUGUAACGUGAUUCACGAGAUUUAAGCUGUAACAACAGCGCGCGAUUAGUCUCUUCGUUAUUAAUUGUAAGAAACCAGCUGCGACCGGUGCAACAUCUUGUAACAUAUUUGAUCUCUUACAAUUAGUUUGCAAUGUAGUCGAUCAAGUCUAGCACGAUCAAGUUUUAUAUGCAAUAUCAAUUCCAGGGCAGGAAGCAAAAGACGAAAAUGAUAAAAUAACGAACGUAGCGUAGUUGAAGAAAAUUAAUCGGUAUCAAAGGGCGCGGUUAUAUUAACUCCCAAUUCACCAAGCUGGAGAGCACGUCGCGGGUUCAAUCGCCGGAGAAUCUCUCUUAAAAGAGAGCUCUUCGAGCACUCAUUCCGCUCUUGAUAAAAUUAAAUCAAGCCAGAGGAGCAAAAUUAACAGUAUAUUCUCAAUUAGAACAGGUGUUUUGCAAUCAUCGUAUCUAUAUCUGACAAUACAUUGAUUAUAAAAGCUAAUUCCACAACAAGGGAAGGAAUUCAUUAUGGUUGGAUAUUUACAAUAUACAAAUCAUUUCCUUGCGAAAGGAAAAAGUGGAAUUUUUCGAAAAGUUUAGAAAUAAUCCAUUAUGUGGCCAAUGAUACCACCCAAAAACAAAAAUGCCCAUCAAUUUUAUUAUGAGCAUAGCGUAACCUCUAAUUAAGAUAAGCCUCCCUAAACACUACGAACAAUGGAUUCAUUCAAACGUUCAUCUUUAACAGUUAUUUUAACAUUUUAACAAGAACAACAGUACCAUAUCAAUUGCUAUUCGAUAAACUACACGAUAAGUUACUUUUAAAAAUAUCGAAACAACUGAAAGACCUAAUAGAUGAUAAUAAUAAUAAUAAUGAUCUGCUAAUCGUAACUAUCGCACAAACUGUAGGCCCUAAAAAUUCCUUCUUUAGAUAAAAGAUUUAUUUUGAGCUUCAUUAAAUUUUGUUUAAAACAACACGAAAAGCUACAUUUUUAUCUGAUUGUUUAACGACCGUGCGUAUACACGUGUAUGUAUACUCGAUUUACUCCGCAAAAAUUAAGGAUUAAAAGAUGAAACAUUUUAAAAGCAGUGCAACACUGGCAUAUUUAACAAUGGAAAUUGUAAAAUUGUCAAUUUCCAAAUAAUCCAAUUGUUUGACACUUUUUAAGGAUUCUCAUUCUUCAUAAAUGACUGCAUCUUGAUAAAACUAUACGAGUUAUCUACAACAAUAAUACAUUCUAAAACUAAAUAAAGCAAAAGAUACUGCGGACAAGGGCGAAAUUGAUAUUGAUUUUUCCUUCAUUUUCCAAUAAUGAAAACAAUGAAAAAUCUAUUCGUUAUUCACACAAAUUCAAUCGAUUCAGCGGAAAUAUUAUCUGAGCACGAACCCUCGCUCAUAGAACAUACCUUAAUCAGCGUGAGUAGAGACAAACAAUAACUGCAACACCAUCUUUAUCAGAAGAAAUUACAACGUUACAUCUGACCGCUCGUUUUCUCGGAGUUGAUCGUUUCGACCUCUCCGUGCUGUCUCAGCAAAGCUCUCUUCCCUGAAGUUUUCUCAAUAGAGUAUCAAGGAUUCCGCGUGCAGGGAUCAAGUAGCUAGACUAUAUCGUGUUUCGCGAAGCUUAAGAAUAGAACUUUGAGGAGAAGUAGCGGACAAGACCCGUGUGCAUUUUGCUUCAUUAUCAGUUGAAAGAUAAAAGAAACAAACAUGUGCCCCCGCGAAUCUGGAAUAUUAUUUCUCAGAAGAUACAGGCUACCUAUUAUGCAGCAUUGACUGAAUUUCAUCAUUGUUUAUCAUUGUUUCGAAAAGUUUAACAACUCUUUCGAUGUGAAAUUUCAUGUCGCGCAUUUGUUCAUGAAACGUUUAAAAUAUGUCGCAUGUUCGCAUUGGUGGUUCGAUCAAUGUGCGUUAUUAAAUCCCGGCUCGUUUUAUGGCAGGUGACGCUUCAAACAAUACUAUCUUGAAUAAAAUCAAGGAGGUAAGUGAUUCUCUAAAGAUUACGUGAGCGUGAAGCUCUUGCGAUCUGAUGUAGCACAGCAAUGAGAAUCUACAAUAAAUAAAACGCAUGUGAAAUAGUACAAACGUAUAACAUAACUGUAACGUCUAAAGGAGUUGUCACUUUAUAUCGCUUUUUCAUGUUGCGAGAAAAUGCAUUUGCGAAGA